CGGACACACAGGUACUCACAGCAUCCACUACUCUCCUCGCCAUGGCUCAGUUUAACCCCGACCACGACAUUCCCGACCUCGCAGGACAAGUGUUGCUGAUCACCGGGGGCACCGCCGGCCUAGGCGCCCGUCCCACCCUCCGACUGGCACAACACGGGCCGCAAUGCCCCCGCGGCGGAAGCCCUGAUCGCCUCGGCAGGCAACACGAGCACCAGCAGCAGCACCACCAUCACCCUUCCUCCCCUGCGACUUCACCUCGCUGGCCUCCGUCCACGCGGUGGUGCAAACCUUCCUCACCCACGAAACCCGUCUGGACGUCCUCAUCUGCAACGCCGGGGUCAUGGCCACCCCGCCCUCACUCACCCACGACGGCUACAAAUCGCAAUUCGGCAUCAAACCAUCUCAGCCACGCGAUGCUCAUCCGGACUUUACUUCCCUUUUGCUACGGUCCUCGGCCCCCUUCCCCACGUAUUGUCCUGCUCACGUCCCUGGGAUGGCAGAUGCAUCCGCGGGCUGGGGAUCGAGUUUGAGCAAUUGACUACCACUAUGGAGUGUAAGUGGGGUGGAUCGUGGGUGCGCUACGGGACAGAGUAAAUUGGCGAAUGUGGUGUAUGCGCGACAACUGGCGAGACGGGUGCCGGGCGUGGCGGUGGUAGCGGUGCAUCCUGGGACGGUGCGGACGGGGCUGGUGGAUGGGUUGGGGUGGGGGAAGUAUGCGUUUGUGUGGGCGACGAAUGUAGGGAGGUUUGUGGAUGUCGAGGAGGGGUGUUGGAAUACGUUGUGGG